GAGACAACUCGGCACAUGAUGCUCAGCCCGAGCCCGCCAUCUAGUGAUCCCUCGCAGGAGCGCAGGCCCAAGCUGGUACACGUUCGAGGCGUCGGAGGUUGGAGAGCUCCGUCGUUCUCGUUCUCGUUCUCUGCACCGCGCUCUCAGCGCACUCCAGACGAUCGAGAGGAAGCUUCAGGUGACUAUCUUUUCAGCAACGCGCGCGCGCGCCUGGAAGUGUUGAUUCGAGUUGGACCUGUAUCGAGUCGAUUGCCUAGCGCUCUUGAAUUCGCUGUCAUGGGUGUUGAAGAGGAUCUCGAAGAUUUGAAUGCCCUCGCGGAGUCUACCGAUGCCGCUGUGGAUAGUCAGGCUCUGGCUUCUGCUGUCGAUAGUGUUACCCUUCAACCGAUUCUUCCGCCCGCAAUCCCGCCUCCCGCGGUGCCUCAGGUGGCUCCUGUUCCUGCAGUUCCUCCGGUCCUUCGACCCCUGGCGCCUCUGCCCAUCCGCCCUCCCGUUUUCAGGCCUCCUGCGCCCAAGAAAGAAGAGGCUGGAAGCAGUAGCGGCUCGGACUCUGACGAUGAUGACGCGGGGCGUGCGGGCGCUGUUCCUGGGUCGACCGCGGAGUAUGAGAUUACAGAGGAGAGCAGGCUGGUGCGGGAGCGGCAUGAGAAGGCAAUGCAAGAUCUGAUGAUGAAGCGGCGCGGUGCUGCUCUGGCGGUGCCUACUAAUGAUAAGGCUGUACGUGCCCGUCUUCGCCGGCUCGGAGAACCUAUGACCCUCUUUGGGGAAAGAGAGAUGGAAAGGCGGGACCGGCUGCGGAUGCUUAUGGCUAAAUUAGAUGCUGAAGGACAGCUCGAGAAGCUCAUGAAAGCCCAUGAGGAUGAGGAGGCUGCUGCUUCCGCUGCUCCGGAGGAUGUCGAGGAAGAGAUGCUUCAGUAUCCAUUCUAUACCGAAGGAUCUAAAGCUCUUUUGGAUGCUAGAAUAGAUAUUGCAAAAUUUUCGAUCGCGAGGGCUGCACUGCGUCUUGAACGUGCAAGAAGGAGAAGGGAUGACCCUGAUGAGGACGUGGAUGCAGAGAUAGAUUGGGCAUUGAGAAAGGCAGAGAGCUUGUCCUUGCAUUGCAGUGAGAUUGGUGAUGAUCGACCACUUUCAGGCUGCUCUUUCUCCCAUGAUGGAAAGCUGCUUGCCACAUGUUCCAUGAGUGGAGUUGCUAAGUUAUGGGACACAUGUCGCAUGCCUCAAGUGAAUAAAGUGUCCACAUUGAAGGGUCACACAGAACGUGCUACUGAUGUGGCCUUUUCUCCGGUGCAAAAUCUUAUAGCAACUGCUUCUGCUGACCGGACUGCAAAGAUAUGGAAUACUGAAGGAGCUAUCUUGAAGACUUUUGAGGGGCAUCUGGAUCGCCUUGGUCGUAUUGCAUUUCAUCCAUCAGGGAAGUACGUGGGUACGACUAGCUUUGACAAGACAUGGAGGUUGUGGGAUAUAGAAAGUGGUGAGGAACUACUUCUUCAAGAAGGCCAUAGUAGAAGUGUUUAUGGGAUAGACUUCAACCAGGAUGGAUCCUUAGUGGCAUCUUGCGGACUGGAUGCUCUUGCACGUGUUUGGGACCUCCGCACCGGUAGAAGCAUCCUUGCUUUGGAAGGACAUGUUAAGCCAAUUCUGGGAAUCAGCUUUUCACCCAAUGGAUAUCAUUUAGCCACCGGUGGUGAAGAUAAUACCUGUCGUAUUUGGGAUUUAAGAAAGAAAAAGUCAUUGUAUGUUAUUCCUGCUCAUGCAAAUCUUAUAUCAGAAGUGAAAUUUGAGCCUCAAGAAGGAUACUUUCUGGUGACUGCGUCAUAUGAUACUACGGCAAAGGUCUGGUCGGCCCGAGACUUUAAGCCGGUGAAAACUUUGUCAGUGCAUGAAGCCAAAAUAACAUCAGUGGAUAUCACCGCAGAUGCAAGUCAUAUAGUUACAGUGUCGCAUGACAGAACAAUUAAGCUGUGGACUAGCACCGACGACAUGAGGGAACGGGUCAUGGAUGUUGACUAAAUUUCGGUUUCAGUUAGCGUGUGCUGUUUUAGCGGGAGCACAGAAGUUGAUCCUGUUGAGAGUUUGUAAACAUUUUGGCAGAUCCGAGGCAUGAUGUGUAGCGAUUUUCCCCGUUCAAAAGCGUGUCUAUCUUGCUUGUACUAUAGUUUUCAAUUAGAAGAUCGGAAGGUAUUUAAAAGUACAAAA